AUGGAACUUUACAAAGUAUCCCCAUAUUACCAGUUUGCUCACUUCACAGCAAACCAAGCAAUCAUGGAUGCAUUUGAAAAGGAAGAGAUUCAUAACAAUCGAGCCUUGCAUGUGGUCGACCUUGAUGUAGCCUAUGGUUUCCAGUGGUCAUCACUAAUGCAAUCGCUUUCAGACAAGGCCACAACUGGAAACCAUGUAUCUCUUCGAAUAACAACAUUUGGAAGAAGCUUGGAGGGACUCGAAGAGACAAAGAGAAGGCUAGUUGGCUUUUCCAAAACCUUCAGGUACCUCAUCUUUGAGUUCCAAGGUAUGUUGAGAUCAAAUUCUUCUGGACUGAAAUCAAUAAGGAAGAGGAAGAACGAGACGCUUGUCGUAAACUCAGUGUUUUAUCUAAAUUCUGUGUGCAACUUCUCACACAUAUCCCAAACGUUAAAAUCAAUAAACAUUCUAAACCCUUCACUCGUUGUUUUGGUCGAACAAGAGGGUGAUCGCAACCCAAGAACCUUCCUAUCAAGAUUCAUGGAGUUCUUGCAUUAUUACACAACCAUGUUCGACUCACUAGAUGGCUUCCUUCCUCUAAAUAGUCUCCAGAGGCUACAGAUUGAAAAGAACCACCUUGGUAAAGAGAUCAAGCGGCUAAUUGACUUCGAUGACGAGGCAAAGUCGCCAAAAUACGAGAGGAUGGAAACAUGGAAAAGGAGAAUGGAAAGUCAUGGAUUUUUAGGAAGGAAUCUAAGUUCAAAGGCCUUAAUUCAAGCAAAGCUUCUGUUGAAAACCAAUUGUCAUUACUGUCCUAUUCAAUUUGGUGGGGAAAAUGGAGGGUUUACAUCGUUUGAAAAAGAAGAAGGCAAUGCGCUUUCUUUGGCUUGGCAAGACAAAUGUCUGAUCACAGUAUCUACAUGGCAAUGUGCAGCAAGAGGAAGAUGA